UUCGAGACGCCGCCGUGCCGAGAGGGAAACUCCGGGAGAGAAGACUGGUGCGAAUCCCUUCGUCUGCUCGAGCUCGACGGAACCACGAUCCCCACCUGGGAAAAGAGCCGUCCGCCAUCGCCGAGCAUCGGAACCUUUCCCUUCGUCUUCUCAAAAACCCAAGGUGAGGAGAUGGGCGCGGAAGAUGAGUCGAUCGAGCAAGCCGUCGCGGCGAGGAGAGAGAGGCUGAGAGCUCUCAGGGCUGCUCAGGAGCUGCUUAAUGCCCCGGGUGAGGAUUCUGCUGCUCAAGCCAAUGACAAGUUGGAUGGUGAGAACGAUAAUGAUGAGGAGGACGACCAAGAGGAAAAUCCCAGCAUGAAAUUCCGAAACUAUGUUCCUCAUGAUAAGCAACUUCAGGAGGGAAAGGUUGCACCACCUGUUCUACCAAAAUUUGAAGACCCUGUUGCAACAGAAUCUCCUCCAGCUGAAAAGAAGGACCCAUUUAUAAACAUCGCUCCAAAAAAACCUAACUGGGACUUAAGGAGAGAUGUCCAGAAGAAGCUUGAUAAGCUUGAAAGACGCACACAGAAAGCAAUGUAUAAGAUUGUUCAGGAGCAGGAGAAACAGAAGGAGAAGGCUGAAGAAGAUGCCGAAAAUGGAGUUAGCGAUUAGUUCAAUUUUUAAUGCUUUUGUGCUAAAAUGAGGUCCAAAUGUACGUCCAGAAAAAGCUUAGGGAAGGUGAAACUUGUUGGCUAUGUAACCUACGAACUAGAUGGGGGAGCUAAUACUUCUUACUACCUUCUGUUACAUGGGCUGGCUCCUUUCCAUGAAUCAUCUCCUUGCUUUGCCUUGACAGGAUCGAAGAGGGAACGAAAAGCAAACGGAAACUCUCCCUUCGUGUUUUGUCUUUUUAAUUGAUUUAUGAUUUUUUGUUGCCA